GGGGCAGUUCUACUUGUCCCACAGGGUCGCUCUGAGUCAGAAUCCACUGGCUGGCAGUGAGUUUGGUUUGGUUUAAUCACACAGCCAUUGCUUUUUGAUACAGAGCUCACAUCCUCAAGCUCUGUUAUAUUGCAAUUGUUCUUGUACCUCAAGAUCAUUAGUUUUCCCAAAAUUCAUUGUCCUAUUCUUUCCAAGACUCCCCUCAAACAUAGAGACAAAUAGUAUUUACAUGAACAGGAAAGACCUGGUCCUGAUGAUUAAUGUGGUAUUUGGUGAUUAGGUUCAAUUUAACUGUGGGGGCGGAGAAAGAGUAACUUGGCUGACAGCGUUUCUGACGUGGGCGGUGACCGGAGGUGACAAGAAGAGACAACAACCGCGGAGAGACCACAUUCAGGACCCGCUCUGCGGCUGGCUCAGCAACUGGAGCCUGGUCAUCUCGGGGCUCACAAAAAUGCUUUACUCUCCAAGUUCACCGUCCGACUGAGGACUAACGGUCCGCGCCCGGGCGGUGGGCAGUCAUGGCCGAGACGAAACAGCAAAGGCGGACGCCUUGUGGAUGGCGCCCGGGAUUGGGGGUCAGUCUAACCUGGAUCCAGGCGACCUCGACAAGUCAGUCGCCUGACCUCUCCGAACCUCGGGUCCCUCCCAAGCGGGUCGGGAAGGUUAAUCCGGGUCCCGAAGCUCCGGGCAUGAAGCAGGCCCGCAAAUGAGCGCCUCGGAGUCGCAGUCCUAUCCCCUUGGUGCCCCUAGCCCGGAGGGUCGGGGGAGGCCCGUGGGGCAGGCCAGGCGCCGCGCUUACCGUGCCGUAGGUGCGGCUCAGCGCCACCACCAGCUUCGCCUGGUUGUGGUGCGGAUGCUGGGCCAGCUGAAAGGCCUCCUUAAUCGAGAGCAGCCUCUUCUCCGCUCCCAUAGCGCCGUGACCCAGCCGAGACCAGCCCUGGCCGUGGUCGGUCAACCCAAAGCCAAGUUUUCCUCAGUCUCCUCAGACCGCCACAAGCCAGCCUCAGGGCUCCUCGAAGCCCCAGGGUGUGGUUACCGCUCGAGAGUUCAAAUAAUUCCCGCGGGGGGAGGAAGUAUCGCGAGACUGAGGGGAGCGCGUCCGGCGCUGGAGCGGGAGAAGAAGGAGCCACACGCAUUCACGUCCCUCCCCGAUUUGACGCAUGCGGUGUUGGGUCUGUCCCGCUUUCUCCCGAUAGGAAGUUUUCUUUCGGGGGAUGAGGGGCGGGCACUUUAGUUCGGCCGGAAGUAGUGUCAGCAGGGGGCGUGAGGAGCGGAGCUGCUGUGCGACCCGCGGGACGUCAGGCUGGCGGCGCUAGGCCUGGCAGGGUCCUACGGCCAGCUGGGAGGAGGAUGCUGGAGGCUAUGGUGUAUCAGAACAAAGGAGUACUCUAAGUAAGAAGGCAUGGGAUCCUGAAAACAAAGGAUCUCACACAGGAGACCAAUGAAAGAAAGUUCCAGGAUGACUACUGCAUCAAAGUGAUCUAUGCCCUGAACACCCGCCAGGAUGAGGCCGAGGCCAGCUUGGAGGCGCUAAGGGAGGCCCACCAGGAGGAGCUCCAGAAAGCAGUGGCAGAGACCAAGGCCAGCCUCCUGCAGGACCAGGACCGAACAAAGGAAGAUGCCCUUCUGCAGCGCAUUCAGACCCUGGAAAGCGCCCUGGAGCUGCAGAAGAAGCUGACGCAGGAGGCUAUGGCUGAGUCAGCCACCUGCAGGCUGGAGACCAAAGAGAGAGAGCUGAGGGUGAAGGCAGAGCAUGCUGAGCGGGUCCUAACCCUGUCCAAGGAGAUGCUGGAGCUCAAGGCUGACUACGAGAAGAGGCUCCGGCACUUGAUGAGCCAUGAGGCGCCCCAGUGGGGCAGGCUUCCCCAGGAGAGCCUGGACACCAAGGCAGAGCUGGGCCAGGGCCGUGGCCCUGAGAUGCAUGAGGUCUUGCAGGAGGUGGAGCGGCUGCGCAUAGAGAACCAGCAGCUGAGCAAGGACUAUGCCCAAAAGGCCGAGGAGCUGCAGGCCACAUAUGAGCGGGAGAACGAGGCCAUCCGGCAGGCCAUGCAGCAGUCGGUGAGUGAGGCCCUGCGGCAGUGGCAGGAGAAGGAGAUGGACCUCCGCAAGAACUUCCAGGUGCAGGAGUCAGCCCUGCAGGCCCAGGUCAGGAAGCUGGAAGGGGAUCUGGAGCACAGGGGCCACAAGAUAAGUGACCUAAAGAAGUAUGCCCAGAAGCUGAAGGAAAGGAUCCAGGACCUGGAUGUGCAGCUCAGGGCAGCUCGCCAGGAGAACGCAGAGCUGAAAAGCACGGCCAAAAAACUUGGGGAGAAGCUGGCUCUUGCCAAGGACAGACUGAUGCUGCAGGAAUGUCAUGUGUCACAGAAAGCUGAUGACACGAAGACGGAACCAGUUUCAGAGAAUGAAGUCGUGGGAGAAGCGAAUGACUUGGAAGCCCACAGUCUUCAUCCUCAGCAGGACCAAAGCUUUCCCAAGAAAUGUCCAGGCACUAAAGGAAGCACAGAUACACAGAACGAGAAAGACGCAAGUAUUGAGACAGAGUAUAUGAAACAAAAAUAUGAAGAAGACCUUCGUAAAAUCAAACAUCAGACAGAAGAAGAGAAGAGACAUCUCAGAGACCAGCUAGUGAAGCGACUGGGAGACUUGGUGAAGAAGCAUACGGUAGAAAUCAAAUCCGUUCGCUCGUCGGUGGAAGCAGAAAGGAAGAAGCUGCAGAAGGAAGUAGAAGCCCAGUUGGAGGAAAUGAAGAAGAAAUCAGAAAAUGAAAUAAAGCAGCUGGAAGAAGAGAAAGCUGCCCUAAAUGUGAAGCUGCAGAAUUCUCUGCUGGAGGUUUUAAGGCUGGAAGAGUUUAUCCAACAAAAUAAGGUUCAUCCCCAAAAAGCUGAGGAAAGUCCCCAGGAAUUAGACUGCCAGCACCGCAGCAUUUUAGAGACCCAGGAGCCAUGCUUAAAGCUGAAUGAACCAUCUCAGACCCUGCCCAGAAGAGAAGAAUUUCAAGACAAGUUAGCAUCUGAAGGAGUUACCAGCAGUAACGAAGAAGAAAGGAUCAAAGUGCCCCACUCGGAGGGAGCUGACCCGCAAACUCCACUGGGCUCUUUGCUGAAGGAGAAGGCAUCUGAAAUCCAGCGUCUCCAGGAGGAGUGGCAAAGCCAGAAGGCUAGAUUGCAAGACCAGAUCUCACAGGUGCAGCAGGCUCUGGAGCAGUGCGUCGGCACCUACCGGGAGGACCUGCGGGAGCUCAGGCAGCUCUCCGACCGUGAAAGGGAGACGCUGCAGCGAGAGCUCCAGGAGAGCAUUCAGCAGAACCAGGCCAUGAAAGCCCAGCUUGAGGCUUCCCACCAGCGAGCUCUGCGGGUGCUCGAGAAGGCCAAAAACCAGGAACUCAAGGCCACCGAGGAACGCUUGAAGAAGGAAUCUAGCCACAGCCUCCAGAUCCAGCACCAGACGCACCGACUGGAGCUGCAGGCCUUGGAGGAAAAGGCAAGGCAAGAGCUCCAGGGGGAGCGUGAGAGGAUGCAGGCCCAGCAGACUCUGCUGCUAGAGUCCCUCAGGCAGGAACUGUCAGAGCAGCGGGCCACCUGCUCCGAGCACCAGAAGGAUUUGGUGGCACUGCAGGCCCAGCUGAGGGCUCUGGGCAGCUCUGGCCAACAGCAGGCCAGCCCCUGGCCCCCAGGGGACAGCAAGGACCAAGCCCUGACCGAGGAGGUCAGUGCCCUGCCCUGUCCACACCACAAGCCUCUCAAAGCAUAG